AUGCAGGGCCAGGGUCGGCCAUUAUUGGCCUCUUGCGUCGGAGCUAUUCAUCAGAACAUUGAAGACCAUGUUGUCGGGAUGCAGGCAUGCUGCAAAAGGGUUCGGCAAGCCGUGUGGGCUUGGCCAGCAAUGGGAGCAGGGAGCAGGGAGCAGGCAAUCUACGAACAGAGAGAGGCGCCUACGGAGUACACAUCUCGCCAUUUCCUCCUCCUUUGGCGCCUGCCUUCUCGAGACACCAAGAAGAAAAGAGGAACUACUCCGAACCCUCCUCCCUUCGCUCUCAAGUCCCGUCUACACAGUAUUUCCAAUUCGUUCAGCGCUGGCGCCGCCGCACCUCAUCACCACUCCUCCCGAGACCCCCCCACCUCGAUUCAGCGACCGCGUCCUCCUUCUCGCAACCCACUGCGCCGGAAUCGUCCUCCUGGUCCUUCACCUCCAGGGCUUCCUCCAUUGGCUGGCUUAUCCCUACGCCGUGCUCUUGUCGAGCCCUCAGGCGCGUCAUCGCCCGCUGCCUUCGACCAGCACAAGUCCAACUAG